ACUGCAGGCAGCAGACAGCCAGACCAACCUUUGGCAUCCCUCCCUGUCCAGCUGCACAGGGAAAGAGAGAAGGGUUUGGAGAGAUUGAUUUUGAAACUGGAGUGUUCAAAAAGGCCACGUUAUUUUUAAGUACACUUUUAAAUUUGUUCAUCCUGUACUAGAGGCAGGUGAAAUGAACAAAGGACACUUGUGUGGGACCAGCAGGUUUGACUGCUCUGGGGCACAGGGAGCCCUGUUUUCCCUCUGGGCUCCACAGUGUUCAGGCUGAGAGCAGUGCUAAGAACAAGACAUCAACCCCUUCCAGAAAACACGUAGUUACUUAGCAGCCAAACCUAAAUUAAAAAAAAAAAGGAAAUGAAAUUUCCCCAAAGAAAGAGAAGCAAUUUUGAGUGAUUGUGUAAGAAAUGAGCAGAGGAUUGACUCAAGGUACUUUGUCCAGAUUAUCAAUGUUGUCUUUGAAUAGCUCAUAAUACCCAGAGUGAAGAAAUGUCCAACAGCAGCUCCAUCAGCCACUUCCUCCUGCUGGCAUUGGCAGACACGCGGCAGCUGCAGCUCCUGCACUUCUGCCUCUUGCUGGGCAUCUCCCUGGCUGCCCUCCUGGGCAACGGCCUCAUCAUCAGCGCCGUAGCCUGCAGCCACCACCUGCACACGCCCAUGUACUUCUUCCUGCUCAACCUGGCCCUCAGCGACCUGGGCUCCAUCUGCACUACUGUCCCCAAAGCCAUGCACAAUUCCCUCUGGAACACCACGACCAUCUCCUACACAGGAUGUGCUGCACAGCUAUUUCUGUUUGUAUUUUUCAUUUCAGCAGAGGUUUCCCUCCUGACCAUCAUGUGCUACGACCGCUACGUGUCCAUCUGCAAACCCCUGUACUACAGGACCCUCCUGGGCAGCAGAGCUUGUGCCCACAUGGCAGCAGCUGCCUGGGCCAGUGCCUUUCUCAAUGCUCUGCUGCACACAGCCAAUACAUUUUCCCUGCCCCUGUGCCAUGGCAAUGCCCUGGGCCAGUUCUUCUGUGAAAUCCCCCAAAUCCUCAAGCUCUCUUGCUCACAAUCUUACCUCAGGGAAGUUUGGUUUCUUGUGUUUUCCAUCUCUUUCGUUUUUGGUUGUUUUGUGUUCAUAGUUUUCUCCUAUGUGCAGAUCUUCAGGGCCGUGCUGAGGAUCCCCUCUGAGCAGGGCCGGCACAAAGCCUUUUCCACCUGCCUCCCUCACCUGGCUGUGGUCUCCCUGUUCAUCAGCACUGCAGCAUUUGCUCAUCUGAAGCCCCCCUCCAUCUCCUCCCCAUCCGUGGAUCUGGCCCUGUCAGUUCUGUACUCGGUGGUGCCUCCUGCUCUGAACCCCCUCAUCUACAGCCUGAGGAACCAGGAGCUCAAGGCUGCUCUGAGGAAAAUGAUGACUGUAUCUUUUCAGAAACAUUAAACUUUUCUGCUCCAGAACCUUCAGAAUGUAACUCUUUACAAUCUUGGCCUUUUUUUCCUAUUUGUCCAUUUUGUCACUGGGACCUUUUCUUAUUAUUUUUCUGGUAUUAAAAUGUUUUUUAUAAAAUACUGUAG